AGCAGCUCGGCCAAAAGCGCGCAUUUGUUGACGAGGCGUCACACCGGUUGGCGCAGCAGUGCUCCGACCGCGGCUGAACAGCCUACGAGCGAAAUCGGCGACGCCUAAGGGCCUGGUGCAGCGUAGCGCCUUGCACACUUCUUGGGUGGGUCAUAUCGGCGCGCUGCUGCAGAGCCAAGCACUGGCGUGCGGCGCAAAAACUAGGCGUAGGAGCUCACCGCAUCAACCACCAAAUGAAUAGCGACUCGGAAGAAGAAGCAGCAGGGGUACUUCCAGAGGCGAUCGGAGAGGCCGCCAACGAAGGAGACUUCGAACGGGUCAAGGCUUGGCUAGACGGCGGUAGCGAGUUGGCUCCGCGUUCUGUUAACGACCUCGACGAGGACGGCUGGUCGCUUCUCUUGUGGGCUUCGGGCGGUUACGGCGAUGUGCUCACUGAAGACCACGUCAGGAUUGCCCGCUACCUAGUCUCACGGGGAGCCCGCCUCGACGUUGCGAGUCGUGUCUCGGGAUCCACAGCGCUGCAUUUUGCUAGUUCAUCGCGGGGUGCCUCCCCAGAGUAUGUAUCUGUGCUCGUCGCCGCUGGCGCGCAGGUAAAUGCAGAAGAUAAUGAUGAGGUGAGACCGCUUGGUAGAAUUAUAUCGGACACGGUUCCUAGUCAAAUGCACCAUGUAGAGAUCGUAAAGAUACUUCUCAGAUCAGGCGCAACGCUGGAUUCUGCCUGUGGCGCGUAUCAUUCCUUCGACGACGCUUUGCGGGAUUGUCGAAGACGGGAUCCUACGCGCUAUGGCGAGCACACCACUGCAAUCGAAGAACUAGUGGCAAGUGUGCGCCAGCAUGGCUCCUGGAAGGCCCAUUGUCGCGCCGGACAUCGGCAAAUCCUCCGGAUCAGGUCCCUCGUCGCGCACGGCCGCGCCAAGCUUCCUCGCACGCGCCGGAGGCCGCGCGGUCACGACGCGCGGCAGCAGCUCGCCCUCGAGUUCGUCCUUCGCCAGGGCGACAAUGGUAUUGUGUGGAACAUCCUCUCCUACUGGCGGGAGACCGGGUAAGAUGUAAAAACGAACCCCACUUAUAUCAAGAAGGGGAGAGAC